CAUGGCUUUCAUGGUGAAGUCGGUGGGUGGGUGGGCAACUGAAGAACCUCACGGGUGGACUCGGAGGAGAGGAGAAGGAGGAAAGCGAGAAGACCCCGGCCGAGGCCCACGGCAUGACAAGGAGGGGUAUGAAGAGUAUCAGAAGCAGUUGGUGGAAGAGAAAAUGGAGCGAGACGCCCAGUUUGCACAACGCAAAGCCGAGAGGGCGACGCUGCGGAGCCACUUCCGAGACAAAUACCGGCUGCCCAAGAACGAGACCGAUGACAACCAGAUCCAACAGGUGGGGGGCGACGUGGAACUCCCCAAAGAGCUGGCCAAGAUGAUCGAGCAGGAUAACGAAGAAGAGGAAGAAAGGGACUCUGUUAUCGGACAGCUCACCAACAUCCAAACGCUGGACCUAGAUUCCCUGAAGGAUAAGGCCCAAGCCACGUUCGAUGACCUGAAGCAAUCGGCGGAGAAGUGUGUCCUGAUGUGACCUCGUCCAUGGGAUCAACUCCUUCCCCCCCCCCCAACGUAAACCUGUUGCAUUGUGGGGUGGGGUGUGAGCCAUCAGCCAACUGGGGGGGGUGGACUACGAGGGUGGCGAUGGUUUAUGGGAAUGAUCCAACCGGCUCCCGCUGAGUUAGUCUUCCUUCCCUCCUAGAGAUGUCGGCCUCUUUUCUCGCCUCCGAAUAGAAAGGUGUCUUUCUUGUCCCCUUCCCUGUGUGUGAACUUGGGGUGUGUUUGGCCAUCUCAGGUUAGAGACAGGAUAUUGUCUUCCCCACCCGAUCCUACAAA